GUCGAUGGACACUCGUACUUGCAAGGAAAGACCAACAUGCGAGUCCUCAAAUCACUCUGUAUACUCCUCGCGUCGCGCCUCGUGGCCGGCCUGGAAUCAUCCGAUAUCGGGCUCACCUUUGACUCGGGAAAUGGUCACGAUCUCCCCAUCUUGAAGCUCCCGUACGGGAAAUGGAGAGCCUACAGCUAUAACGCCGAAGCGGAAGUCUACACAUUCCGCAACAUCCGCUACGCCGCGCCCCCAGUUGGAGAUUUACGCUGGGCCAAACCGGCGCCGCCUGAAUUCAUCUCUGGCGUACAGGAUGGCUCGUACGGACAUAACUGUAUCCCUGGUCCUAUCCCGCCAGAGUUUGAUAACCCUAUCUUUGAGAAUAUCACGAAGAAUGCAUCAGAAGACUGCCUCUUCCUCGACAUCUACGUCCCCCGAAAAGCCCUAAAAGCGCAUAAGCCCUCCACCCCGGUCACCGUCUGGAUCCACGGCGGCGGCUACGUAACCGGCUCGAAAGACCAAGGCAUCACAAUCGGCUACUUUGACGGAACGAGCCUGAUCAACCGCGCAGACAACAACCUCAUCGUCGUGAGCAUAAACUACCGGCUCGGCGCAUUCGGGUUCCUCGCUGGAGAUGCCCUGCGCAGCAAACCCGGUCACAGCAACAGUAACAGCAACGGCGGUUCCUGUCCCAGCAAAACAAGUGCCGUCUUCAAUGCCGGGCUCCACGACCAGCGCGCCGCGCUGCAAUGGAUCCAAUCAUACAUCCACCUCCUCGGGGGUGAUAAGGAGAAUGUCUCGGCGUGGGGCCAGUCCGCGGGCGCGGGGUCGAUUAUGCAUCAUCUGAUUGCGAAGGGCGGAAGGCAGGAUCCGUUGUUCAGGACGGCUGUGCUGCAGAGUCCAGGGUUUAGUACGAGCGCUGAUACAACGCAGGUUGAGGCGCAGUUUGCGGCGUUUGCGGGGGCCGUUGGGUGUCCGGCUACUGGAAGGGAGGCGCUGAAGUGUUUGAGGCGGGUCGAUGUGAAGAAGCUGUGGGAGGCGAAUGUGGAUGUUUUUGCAGGGAGUGCAAACCCAGUUCCGGAUGGGGUCUUUAUAAGGGAUGUGGCGCUCUAUGAGUAUUCGAAAGGAAACACAUGGCCACACCUCAAAUCCCUCCUCGUCAGCCACGUCCUCGACGAGGGUGCCCUUUUCGUGCCUUCAGAGAUCCCACAAGACUACAUUCGCUCCUACAUCUCUGGCUUGUUGCCACCAAACUCUACAUCCGGAACAGAGAAAAUGCUGUCCAUCUACGAAACCAUCUACGCAAACUCCACAGAGAAGCAACUCGCCUCCGCCGUCUUCCGCGACAUGAUCUUCACCUGCAACAUCUACGCCGCCCUGCAAGCAUACCGCGACCGUCCCGCCUGGGGGUUCCAGUACAGUUACAUUGACGGGGUGAUGAACGGGACGCAUGGGAGUGACGCGCUGCCGACGUGGUAUAAUUCUGCGCUGCAGGGGUUCGAGGAGCCGCGCUUUGCGCAGUAUCAACGGUAUUUGACGAACUUUGCGCGGACUGGGGAUCCGAAUAAGCCGAGGGGUGGAAAGGAUGAGUUGGUGCGGUGGCCGAGGGUGGAUGCGAAAGGGAAUGUGUUGGGUGGUGUGCUAGACUUGACGAAUGCGGGGUAUCAGGUUAUCAAGGAUGAACAGGUGAGGAGGGAUGUUUGUGGGACGUGGAUUGAGGUUCUUGGGGAGGCGAUUGAGGAAGGUGACAGAUAGGGAAAAGGUGAAGCUACUAGAUUGCUUCCCAGUAUAAGUUCUCUCAAUCGCAUUUCGUUAUAUCGUUAGGUCUACUGUUGAGAAUAUUUAGCCUAUAAUCAUACGGGGACGGAUACUUUGCAGCCUGCAUAGAACAGCGAAUUCCUUCCACACUUGCUUGCAACCAGCGCUCACAGAACAUGCCAAACACUCCUCUCGCUGAAUCAAGGGCUCCCAACAGUUGGAGGCCACCACAAGCCGGGAGACUGGGU